CCGAUGGACACACAGGAGCUCACUUGCUUUCUGUUUCAUUGCUCUUUUUCCUGUCUUUUCCGGACAGGAUCUCCCUUGUUUUGUGGACUUUGUUUGUGUUUUCUUCUCUUACUCAUCUGCGCCUUUACAGAGCCUUAAACUUCAACCCCUCCUGGAUCUUCUUUUUCUCCCUGUUGUGAUUUUUUUUGUCUUUUUCUUCCUCUUUUUCCUAAUCAGACUGCUUUUCCUGUGUGCAUAUCAGUCCUUACCCUGCUGUGUUUUUUCCUUAUCCUCUUCUCCUCCACCGUUCCCUGUCUACCAGUGCGUGGUUUUUGGGCCAUGCUCUCCUCACCCACUGUGAUUCUCCAGCCUUAUGGACUCCCUGUCUACCCACAGACAACCACAUGCUACCCCAGCAUAGUACAGGGAGGCCCUACACAAGAGGCCGGCCCUGGCAGUGGCGACCCCGCCCUGCCACAGGUCUACGCUCCUCCUCCGUCCUACCCCCCACCAAGUCAAGGCCCGCCAACAUCUGCGGGCAGACUGCCACCUCUUGACUUUAGCUCUGCACAUGCCAGUUCAGAGUACCCUGAACAUCCUCAGCUCAGAGUCUAUCAGGCCCCUCAGCAUGACGGGGCUGAGGCUCUGACGUCCAGUAACACGGAGGACGCUUUGGCCCCUGUGACAUCUGAUCCCCAGUCUCUGAGUGUGUCCGUGUCAUCAGGGGGCGGGGCAGGAAGUGGCAGUGAGGAGGAGGGGUCAGGUAAGGCCCAGCCAAAACGCCUCCAUGUCUCCAACAUCCCCUUUCGCUUCAGAGACCCAGAUCUCCGCCAGAUGUUUGGGCAAUUUGGGAAGAUCCUUGAUGUAGAAAUUAUCUUCAAUGAGAGGGGUUCAAAGGGCUUUGGAUUUGUCACCUUUGAAAGUGCCACCGAGGCCGAUCGAGCAAGAGAAAAGUUGAAUGGGACAAUUGUAGAGGGGAGAAAGAUUGAGGUUAACAAUGCAACUGCAAGAGUAGUUACCAAGAAGCCCCAGACACCUCUAGUGAACGGGGAACUUUCAACUUCUGGAUGGAAGAUCAACCCAGUGAUGGGGGCAGUGUAUGCACCUGAACUCUAUACUGUUGCCAGUUUCCCAUAUCCUGUAGCGACUCCCACCUUGGCAUACCGGGGCUCUGCUCUGCGCGGUCGAGGCCGAGCUGUCUACAACACAAUCCGCUCUGCUGCUGCCACACCUGCCGCUGUACCUGCCUACCCCGGGGUUGUAUAUCAGGAUGGACUAUAUGGAACAGAAGUCUAUGGAGGCUAUCCUGCAGCUUACAGAGUGGCUCAAUCAGCAUCGACUGCCACAGCAGCUUACAGUGAUGGAUACGGACGGGUGUAUGCUACAGCUGCUGAUCCCUAUCACCACUCAGUUGGACCAACAACAACCUAUGGAGUUGGUACAAUGGCCAGUUUAUACAGAGGAGGAUAUAACCGCUUCACCCCAUACUGAGACACCCAGUAGGGGGCAGGGAUGACACCCUCAUGAACUCUGGGAUUGGCUGAUCCAUGGACACUGCAGGACAGAUGAUAAGAUCCUUCAAGUUUGUAAAAGUGGGAAUGGCUUUACCUCCUGUCUCCUUCACAACCUCUCCUUCAGAGGCUAAACGGACUGAAGUUGUAAAUACUGUAGGACUUAUUCUAAUGAUUAAUAUUUAGCACCUGGAGAAUGUUAUUUAAGACAGUUGCUUAAAAACCUUUAAGAGAUUGUUUUCUGUAUUUAAGAUGUUUGCUCUCACUACAGGAGGGACAGUCCAUGAUAAAUACUGUGAGAAUGAAUUUUUGUGACUACUAUCCACUGUCACGGGUCAAACUGUACAAAUGAACAUUUGUACAAUAUUUAGAUGACUUAUUUUUGAUGAUAGCUAUUUACUUAAUCUGUUUGACUGUGUGUUUGAACGUGUGUUUGUGAGUGUGUUAAUGACUGAGAGAGACCGCUGUGACUCUGGUUUCAAUAUUACAAACACUGAACUAAUGUUUGUCUGGACUUAGCUGGAAUUUUGUUUUUUUUAGCCUUUCUAACAAUCUACCUCUCAUACAUUUCUAGUUUUGAUUACAGCCAUCUUUAUUAGUCCUGUUUCGCUUUCUCUAUCCUUCAUUUUUAGACUCAGCAGAGCUUUCUUUAAUCUUUUUAUUUAACUUCUUUUUAAACCCUUACUAAAGCUAAACCAAGUGGUCUGGUCAAGUUCUGUCUCUUAUGUCAACAACAAGGGCUGGUUUCUUUUUUCCCAUGUUUUUGUUAUCUAAUAUAUACAUAAAAAAGCUGAAAUUGAGCUCAGUCGAGCAAUACACUGACUCCUGUGAAUGAAGCUGAGCAAAGUCUCCGGAUCUCUAAAAAGAGUCACACUCUCCAUCACUACGAAUGAGGCUGGAUGGAUAUUGGCUGGGGAGAUGCAAGUCAGAUCAGAGUUUACUAUCCCAAACCAGAAUGCUUGGUGGAAAGGCACAUCUCAGUCCCUGUUUCUAUGCCUAUCUUUUGUACCUCAGCUCCCAGGAUGCUUUAUAUUUCUGAUCAGCUUUAAUCGCCUUCAAGGUUCAGAGUGGGGCUGCAUUGUGCUGUUGCCUUAACAUUUACAGGCCUUUCUCAGAAACUGCUUCCUCUUAGUCUUUAUUUUUUAGACACACCUGUUUCUAUGUUAAUUUAUUCUUCUCUGCUCUUUUUCUGUCUACUUUGCCUUAUUUCUCUCGUAUUUUUUUCCUCUGUGUUCUCACUCAGAGCUGCUGAAUACCUUAACUUUUAUCAAUCAGUUCUUUUCUGCCUUUUCUUUGUUUCUGUUUCACUUUUCCCUGGUGUGUUUGAUGUUUACCUCUAAAUAAAUUCUCUUUUCGCUGUUCUCCUCUUCUGUCUUUUGUUGUUUUAUAACAUUUUCCAGGCUAUUUUGUGUUUCUACACAGCUCUGUUGUAAUAGAAAGCUUUUAUUAGUGAUUGAUUGGCUUAGACUUUUCAGGUAAAAGUUUUAAGUCAAUCAGCGGAAAGCGGUUCUUUCCCUCUGUUUCUUGGUCAGUGUAGUUUAGGAAAACUGAUUUUUAUUUUGAAAUUAGAAAUCCAAAAGUGGAAAACCUGCCCUGAGCUCUUUCAGGAAGUUCAUUAUUAUAUUGUGAAUCUAAGAGGCAGAAUAAAAAGGUUUACGUUUUGAGAAUCAAGAAACAGAAAAUGAAAAACAUUUUGUUUUCUAUUUCUUUUUUUUUCCAUUUUCAAUUUCUCUUCUAUAAAAAAAGAAAAAGAAUAAAUGAAUACAGGCUCACUUUUCCAUUUUUCAUUUUUAGAAUCAAAAAAGGAAGAUCAAUGAACAGAACACUGGGGCUGUAACAUUCUUUUACUACAUACAUGACCUGGUGCACGUGUUGUAUUUAAAAAAGAAUGUUAAAUCUCCAGAUCAAUGACGAACUGUUUUUCAUCUUUAGUAUUUAUAUUUGGAGAGCAAAACAGAGCUAUGGAAAAUGAAAAACAAGAAACAGUAAACAAAUCCAUUUAUCGUUCUCUUUUUUUGAUAAUCGGUUUGUUUUUUGUUUUUUAAUACACAAUUUAAUUGUGUUUUUGCCUGAAAGUGUCCAGGGUUGUUUUUCCACACUUUGCUUUCCUACUUUUAAAUAGUAAUCACGAAGCAUGGAUUUCUGAUUUCUAAUUUCAUGAUAAAACUGAGCUGGCUGUAAAAAAAACACUGGCCAUUUUUUCUUCUAUUCAACUUGUUUUCCCACCUUUAUUUUCUUGUUUUUUUCCCUUCUUUUCUGCACCACUGUAAAAAACAUAUUUACACACACAUGAAAUGUCGCCUUGGUCUGUUCUUCUUUUUAUCUAUUACCUUUAAAACUUUCUGAAUUCAUUCUUCGUGUUAUUAUUUGUAGGUUUAGUUGUAAGACCUUUCAUAGUUUUCCUUUUGUUUCUUUAUUUUUAACUUUCUUCCUUUCUCCAUCAUUAAUAGUCUCCUUUUGACUUUUCCUUCUUUGCAUGAUACACAGUCCUCUCCUAUUUACUGCAUGUUUGCUUCUUUAGCUAGUUUCUAGUCCUUUAGUGGGUAUAACACAUGAGAGGGAGCAGUAAAGUCCUGAACAUCAUUAUUGUUGUGAUACAGAUGUAGGCACACAACUGAAGAUAAAAACAGCAAUGAUGAUUAUACAGAACAACAUUUCAACCUUGAGUUUGAUUUUGGUUUUAAACAAGAAGGUAAAAACCUACAACAGAUCAUUUUAACUCCAUCAGGUCAACUCAUUUUAUAAUUGAACUGAAACCCCAACAUUUUACUGCAAUCUAGUCGCUCUGGCUGUGUCCAUGGUUUGUAGUAUCCACCUAAUUCCUAACCCCCAUGGUACUUGACAGGAAUUCUAGGUGUGACUUCUGGUGCCGCCUGUCAAAAUAGAGUUUUCCAUAGUUAGGAGAUGCUAAUCAAGAUUAUUAUUAAGCAAUUUAGGAGAUUUUUAAAAAGUAUGUAAAAAAAUAUGAUCUGAUUAUUUCUCAGCCUUCUUCUGUGAAGGGUACUGUAAAAAAAGGAUAUUUAACUAACUUGAUUAUCUCUGUAACUGUAUUUGCGAAGUAAUAAAGUAGUCCUUUUUUAAAUAUUUAUUUUUAUUAAUAUCAGUCAUUCACAAAGUCACAUGUUGAGGUUUGUUUAUCUCAAACAGGUACCAGAACUCAAAUAUUUCAGAAACUUUCAUUUAUAACUUACAGCUGAUAACAUUUAGUUUGAUGCUUCAUUUAGAUAAACAUUUGAUAAUGUCUGCUAAAGUACCAGAAGUUCCACCUGUAAUCAUAUCUGCAAAAGAGGAUGAAAAAACUGACAUGCAUCGCGAAACUAGCAAAUUUAGUGUUGUGUGAUUCUAAGGUUUCAGAUUUAUCAGUGAAGAAAAACUCUGUUAAACCUGAGAGUCAGAACUCUAGGCUGAGGUGGAGUGACACAUAUUAUGAAAAGUCCUUAUAGUCAUAUAUGGGAUGCCUCUUGUCCAAUCAAAUCUCUUGUUUGGAACUAACUCCUUUCCCUAUGUGUUUAGUCUUUCUCUCCUCUGACUUGAUCUCAUUUCUGUUCUAUUUUAGUUUAUUUUUUCCCUAGUAGUUGUCCUUUUUCUCUCAUUGGAUAGCCAGCUUCAGUUCCAUUUAAAAAUAGCUUACAGUGACAGAUUCUUAAAAAGUUUAAUGCCUGAUUUCACAUUGUGAAUGUCAGUAAUGGGGGUCUUCUCCUGUCAGGAGCUUUACUUCCUACAUUCUCGUGACUUUUUAUGCAUUUACUUCAUUAUUUAGAAGUCUUUCUAUGAGCUCCAGUUGAAAGGGGCAUGUUUCCUGACAGCCACGGUGUGAUCACAAGAUUUAUUCACUUAGAUUCACCUCAAAGUAGUUGCAUUUGAAUUCAGCAUUCAAUUCACAUGUAAGGUAGUAGUUGAUGCAGCUUUAGGACUUCUGUGAUAAAACAGCAAAAACAUACUCUAAUCUUCACUGAUGAUUUAGUUACCUUGAUUUUAAAAAAAUGAUUAUUUAAGGAUGUUGGUGUUUUACCAGCUGUUUCUGCAGAAACAUCUUAUUUUUUGUACCUUGCUUUCUAAUCUUUGAAAUUUCUGUUAUCUGUCCUCUUUUAUCUUUAGACUUACUUGCAUGAACUCAUUUUUCAUUUCAAUUCUUUCCUUUGUUUCAGUUCUGACUUUUUCUGGCUAUCAGACAACCAUCAUCCAACUUUUAAGUCAGAAAUCAUGUAUUUUACUACGCUGACCAUUUUUACACAAGGUCUUUAAAAUUCAGAUUUUGAGCAUGCAUCUGCAUAGUACCAGGUACUAGGUCUGUUCUCUCCUCCAUAUCACUGGUGUCUCUAUUCUGUUAUUUAAAAUAAAGUGUCUAUAUCA